GUUUAUCUGUCUAUGCUCUAAGGAUUGUUUAGGGGUAACAGCUACGACCUAGGGCUGAGUGUGAUAAAAGUAACAUAUAUCUGUUAAUGAGUCCUUUUGAACACAAGAGGAUACUGGGUAAUACAGCAGAGGUUGUUGGAUACAGAGGUCUGCGGCGUGGUAAUUUGCCUGUUUGGGUUUUUACGGAAUGCUGCUGUAUUGUUUUAUCUGAAAUGUUUAAACAUUGUCUUUAUUGAGCAUUUACUCUGCUGAACAUCUCAGAGCAAACUCACUACAACUUUGAAUCUGAUGAUCAUUUCGUUUCCUGUGGAUAACUAGGAGCUGGAGAAGUGUGCUGCGCUAGUAUUAGAGGUUGCGUGGUAGUGAUGGCGGCUCACUGUGAGACUUCCUUGCCACUGGAUACUAUUGCACUGCCCUGCUGAAAUGAAUUGAAUGCCUGUGCCACCCCUCCUGUGCUGUAGUUUACAUUAGAGAUCUGACUUGCUGCAUGUAUGUAGCAGCCGGAGACCAAAGGGUUAGUCCAGAUUUUUAGGGAUUUUUGCGUUUUGUUUUAUUAUAACAAGAGGAAAUCAUCAAAAUGGGCCUACUGGAGAGAAUGAAAAAGGAAUGGUUUAUUCUGGGCAUCAUACUGGUCAUCAUAGCAGCUAAACUGGAGCCUUCCGUAGGAGAAAAAGGGGGACCUCUGAAGCCUGAAAUUACUAUAACAUACAUUGCGGUAUCAGCCAUAUUUUUUAACAGUGGACUAUCGUUGAAAACAGAGGAGCUGACCAGUGCUUUGAUGCAUGUGAAGCUUCACCUUUUUGUCCAGAUCUUCACACUUGUGUUCUUUCCUACAGCAAUAUGGCUUUUUCUUCAAGUGCUUUCACUAACCCCCAUAAAUGAAUGGCUUUUGAAAGGUUUGCAGACAGUAAGCUGUAUGCCCCCACCAGUUUCCUCAGCUGUAAUUUUGACCAAAGCCGUUGGUGGUAAUGAGGCUGCUGCCAUCUUCAAUUCUGCAUUUGGGAGCUUCUUGGGUAUUGUUGUAACGCCCCUGCUGCUGCUACUUUUUCUUGGAUCAUCUUCCUCAGUACCUUUUUCAUCUAUAUUCUCACAGCUCUUCAUGACAGUUGUAGUUCCUCUUAUAAUUGGUCAGAUCGUACGGCGAUACAUCAAGGACUGGCUAGAAAGGAAAAAGCCUCCGUUUGGAGCAAUUAGCAGCUGUGUCCUUCUGAUGAUUAUCUACACAACCUUCUGUGAUACAUUUGCAAACCCAACUAUCGACCUGGAUACUUUUAGCUUGGUGGUAAUCGUGUUUAUUAUAUUUUUUAUCCAGCUCGCCUUCAUGCUUCUUACAUUCCUCUUUUCUACAAGCAGCAAAAAUGUCUUUACCCCAGCGGACACAGUGGCAAUAGUGUUUUGCUCAACCCAUAAAUCUCUCACACUGGGAAUUCCAAUGCUAAAGAUUGUGUUUGAGGGAUAUGAACAUCUAUCGCUAAUAUCGGUUCCUCUGCUAAUUUAUCACCCAGCACAAAUACUUCUUGGAAGUGUAUUAGUGCCAACGAUAAAAUCCUGGAUGCUUUCAAGACAGAAGGCAUUGAAGUUAACAAGGCAACCGAAGGUCCCAUUAUAACAGCAAGACACAGAACAUGUAAAUAUGUGCAAUAUUGUACAUAGAAACAUCAUAGAAAAAGACUUUUAUUUGCGAAUGUUGCUUCACUGCAUAUUUUAUUUUUUUAAAUAAAGGUCAUCUUAUCUAAGUGCCUUAUUGUUGCAUUGGGCAAAUACUUUGUUUGCAAGCAAGAAGCCACUUUGAUGGUAUAUGAGACAGUUUGUAUUCCAAAGUCAUGUUUUGUAUUUUUUUAAAAUGGGAAAUAAAGAUGCAAAGCCUUCUA